AUGGACGAAGACACUCCGCUUUUACGGGACUCGGGAGGCAUCAGUGCGUCUCCUCGCAACUCUCUGGAAUUAAGCUCGUACCCUAGAGCUGGGAAUAGCAGAGGCUCAGAUACUUCUCGCCGCAGUCACCAAACGACGGAGUUAGAGCUUAAUGUAGACAAGAUUUCGAUCUUAUUCAGUCCGACUGCACGUAAAGGCUUUGACACUCCUCACAAUUACAAAAAUUUUGCUGAAGUGGCUUUGGAUGGAUCAGCUCAGAGCACUGAUGAGCUGAAUAUGCUGGAUCCGUAUUUCGACGUGACUCCACCGCGCCUCCGUAUAGCUUUUGAAGGUGCAAGGCCAGAGAAAGAUGGAAACUUAUGUUAUGAAGGAUUUCGAGCUGCUCUCGAGACAUUAGGCAUUAAAUGCUCGGACGACAUAGUGUUCGCAAAAUUGGUUCAUAAUAUUGAUACCGAAAAGAAUGGAGGAAUAACAUUGCAACAGUUUGAUGCUGCAGUGCAUCGACUAAAAAUGAUGCACAUGUUUGAUGAAGGAACCGUGCAGGAGAUGAAAUUGAAUGGGUACCAACAAGCUGGUUUGUCAAUUUCCGACUUUUCCGGCACGAAACUACAGACCUUUGCUCUUCGACAAAAGAAUCUGCAUGAAUUCUACACGACUCCACGACCUGAGUGGGUCAAUGUACGCUGGAUCAACCUGGACGGACGCGAUAGUCUAAAUCUUAAAAGACUCGCUAUAAAGUAUCGUCUUCAUCCACUGGCUAUUGAGGACACUAUUGAAGGUCAUGAACGACCUAAAUUUGAUCGAUAUGAUGAGCAUUUGUUUCUGGUGUUUCCUGUGUUACGAAUGAAAGUGAUUCCGGACAAAGGACUUCCACUAGAUCGCAAGCGCGCGCGACUCUACUCAGACACAAGAAAGACAUCAUUACCGACCUUUGUGAAGCGAAAGUCGUUUCAUACUAGUAUAAGUACUAUCACUGACGAGUUGGAAGAGAAGGAUGAAGACCCAUUUCAGCUUUGGAUUGAGCAUGUCUUCAUCUUUGUCGUCGAUAAUGACACAGUGAUCACGGUUAAAGACGGUGGGGGAAGUGAUAUCUGGACUGAAUUAAACCGUCGACUGGCUGUACCAUACUCCAAACUACGACACAAUGAUGCUAAUUUUCUUGUAUACUCGGUACUUGAUGUGAUUGUGGAUCAAUUUACGAGUGUAGUUGAUUCCGUCACGGAAUGUCUGAUUGCGCUUGAGAAUCAACUUGAAGUAGAACGACAUCGUUUUGAAAUGCGCUCACUACGAGUACUGAAGAAUGAGUUGUUUCGGCUUCCUCGAUUGUUAAAACCGGCUCGAGAAGUGCUUAAGAAUAUCAUUGAGAGCAAAGAUUUUGACGCUACGGUGACUGACUAUGUUCGUGACGUUCACGACCACGUAGUGGCUGUACUUGACGAUAUCGAACAGCAAGUGCAAAUGUGCCGUCAACUUACCGAAGAGUAUCGGGAUGCUAAAGCAACUCAGAUGAACUAUGUCAUUUACACACUAACAGUUGUCACAACUGUCUUCCUGCCGGGUCAAUUUUUAACUGGAGUCUAUGGGAUGAACUUCGAUGUAAUGCCCGAGCUUCAUGAGCGUUAUGGCUAUGCAUUAUUCUGGGUAUUUGCCAUAGCCAUUGCUGCUGCACUACAGCUGUACUUCCGCCACAAACAAUGGAUUUAA